AUGGUGAAAGAUACCAAGCUAUACGACAUUCUCGGAGUGUCCCCUGACGCCACCGACUCGCAGCUGAAAAAGGCGUACCGUUUAGGAGCCUUGAAAUACCACCCAGAUAAAAACCCGUCUCCAGAGGCUGCCGAGACGUUCAAGGAAAUGUCUGCGGCAUACGAGAUCUUGAGCGAUCCAGAUAAGAGAGACACUUACGACCAGUUUGGUGAGGAGGGCCUCACCGGAGGAGGACCUGGAGGAAUGGGAGGCAUGAACGGAGCAGACAUUUUCAGUCAGUUCUUUGGUGGAUUUGGUGGCUUUGGCGGCCAGAGAGGCCCUUCGGGACCACAAAGGGGCAAAGAUAUCAAGCACACCAUCUCCUGCACUUUGGAGGAGUUGUACAAAGGAAAGACCACAAAGUUGGCUUUGAACAAGACCGUGCUUUGUGCUACCUGUAAAGGUAAAGGUGGAAAGGACGUGAAGAAGUGUUCUUCCUGUGACGGUAUGGGAAUGAAGUUCGUCACCAGACAAAUGGGUCCUAUGAUCCAGAGAUUCCAAACCACUUGUGAGGUUUGUAACGGAGAAGGAGACAUCAUCUCUCCAAAGGACAGAUGUCAGACCUGUAAGGGUAAGAAGGUCGUUAACGAGAGAAAGAUCCUGGAGGUUCACAUCGAUCCAGGAAUGCAGGCUGGUCAAAGAGUCGUUUUCUCUGGAGAAGGUGACCAACAGCCAGACAUCAUUCCUGGUGACGUUAUUUUCGUGAUUGACGAGAAGAAACAUCCAUUGUUCAGAAGACAAGGCCAAGACCUGUUCUAUGACGCCAAGAUCGAUCUUCUCACCGCUCUUGCUGGCGGAGAAUUUGCAAUCAAGCAUCUGAGCGGCGAUUAUCUCAAAGUGGAGAUCAUUCCUGGCGAGGUGAUUUCUCCAGGAACCGUUAAGGUGCUUGAAGGAAAAGGUAUGCCUGUGCAGAGACACGGCGGAAACGGUAACCUGUUCAUCAAUUUCGAGGUUGUGUUCCCACCAAAGGGCUUUGCUACAGAGGAACAGCUCGCUGCUUUGGGCAAGGUGUUGCCUGCCAGACCUGCUCUCGAUAUUCCAAAGAACGCUUCUGUGGACGACUCUUGUGUUCUGGCCGACGUGGACCCAUUGAAACACGGCCAGCGCCAACGCGGAGGUCUGGACGAGGACGAGGAUGACGAGGACGGCCAGCCGGGCGUCCAGUGUGCUCAGCAGUGA